CCAACAGCGCCACGUCCACCAUGAAGACGCGCAUGGCGAUUGACGACAUCAGCGCCAUGGUCGGCUCCAUCCAAAAGAACGUCGUCAACAUGCGUGUAACCAACAUCUACGACGCUGAGGUGAACAAGACGUAUAUUCUCAAGUUAGCGUCCCCAGGUCUGCCCAAGGUGUUCCUUCUGCUGCAGUCCGGCAUUCGCUUCCACACGACAGCGUACGCUCGUGAAACUGCAAGCGCGCUACCACUGCAAUUCACGAUGAAACUGCGCAAGCAUCUUCGAGGCAAGCGCCUCGCAAGCGUUGUACAAUGCGCAUCGGACCGCGUGAUAGACUUUUGUUUUGGCGACGGCGACCAACGCCACCAUUUGAUCCUGGAACUGUACGCGGCAGGCAACAUCAUCUUGACGGACCACGCGUACACAAUUCUAUCCCUACUUCGCACACACGCGUACGAUGACCAAGUGAAAGUCGCCGUGAAGCAACAGUAUCCCAUCGACAACGCCAUGGUGGUCGGAAACGUUGCCGGAGGCGAAAAUCUCUUUUCCAACGGUGGCGACUUGAUUUUGUUCAUUCAGCAAUAUAUGCAAGACCUCGCGUCUAAGGAGAAGAGCAAGAAGCAAUACUCCCUGAAGCAGAUCCUCAUGAGCAAGGAGAGCGGGUACGGUAACUUUGGACCGACCAUCGUUGAGCACUGCAUGGUGGAAGCGGGGAUCGCGCCAUCCCUCAAGAUCAAAACCGUCACUUCACAUGUCCAUGUUCCUCUCACUGAAGCGGACGCACAAGGCCUCGUGGACAGCCUCAAGUCGGCGCCGUCACUGCUCGAGGAGCUCAGCACGAACCAGGUUAUUAUUCACGGCGAUCAAAGCGACGACACCGACACAUCUCGCCACGGCUUCAUCGUCCUAAAUGAAAACGGUCACUUUGACGAGUUCACGCCAUACUUGUACGCGCAGCACCGAGGAAAGCCCGUGCAGGAGUUUCAUACAUUCGACCAGGCCGUGGACGAGUACUUUUCCAAAAUCGAAGCCCAAGCCGCCGAAGCGGAGAAGAAGCAGGCGGCGCAGGUCGCUGAGACCAAGCUGGACAAGCUCAAGAAGCACCAGCAGGAGCAGAUGGAAGCGUUCCGAAAGACCCAGGAAGUGGCUGUCGCCCAAGCCAUGCUGGUCGAGCAAAACCAACAAGAUAUUGAGAACGUGCUCCUCGUCAUCCGCAGCGCGCUGGCCAGUGGCAUGGAUUGGAGCGACCUGGAGGACCUGAUCAAGCAAGAGCAGCAUAAUGGAAACCCUGUUGCAACGCUGAUUCACAAACUUGACCUGGCCCAGAAUCGAGUGUCCGUGCUCUUGUGCGACCAAGAAGCCGAGGAUGAAGCGGUCGCGCACCUCGUUUCCAUCGAUCUGUCGUUGUCGGCGCUCGCGAACGCGCGGGAGUUGUACUCGAAGAAGAAGACGGCAGUGAAGAAAGCGCAGAAAGCCAUCGAAGCCACAGACAAGGCCAUCGAGCAAGCUGCCAAGAAGCACGACAAAAAACAAGCGCAGCAGCAACUCCAGCGAAAGACCAUGUACCAGCGGCGCAAGACGAUGUGGUUUGAAAAGUUUCACUGGUUCAUUACCCGGGAAAAGUACCUCGUCCUGGCCGGCAAGGAUGCGCAGCAGAACGAAACUCUCGUCAAGCGGUACCUUCGCAAGGGCGACAUAUUCGUCCAUGCUGACUUGCACGGAGCAGCGACGUGCAUCGUGCGGAACCGCAUCUCCGACGGAAGUGAAUCGAUCCCCGUGUCUGCGCUGGAACAGGCGGGUUGCAUGAGCGUGUGCCGCAGCAAGGCGUGGGCUAACCAAGUCGUGGCCGGCGCGUACUGGGUUCACGCCGACCAAGUGUCCAAGUCUGCCCCCACUGGCGAGUUCUUGACGACAGGUAGUUUUAUGAUUCGCGGCAAGAAGAACUACAUCCCCGCAGCGCGGUUGGAGAUGGGACUCGCGAUUGUGUUCCGCAUCGACGAGAGCUCGGUGCGCAACCACAUUGGCGAUCAAGGGGGAAAUGACGAUGACGACGAGCGAGACGGGGACUCGGGGCAUGCAGCAUCCCGUAGGCAGGCGGAGGAACCGGACGACGUUGAAGACUUCCAUGCCGAAGCUUCGCAAAUUCCUGAUCAAGUUGCUGAUGUGGACGCAGCGUUCGUCGAUGAAAUGGAAGCAGCCAAAGAGAUCCCUGCAGAGGUCGACGAAGGCGAGUCGGACAAAGCCAUGGACGUGCACGACGUUGUGUUGGAAGAGGAGGGAGAUGAGUCCAAGGAUGUAUCGGAGGAAUUCGUUGACAAACCAGUUGGCAAAAAGGUCCUCAGUGCCAAGGAACGCCGCGACUUGAAGAAGAAGAAGAAGAUGGCGAAUGCAUCGGACGACGUAGUCAGCUCUGAACCCUUCGACGUGCCAACGAAGGCAAAGGGACCAGCGGCGCCUGCACCGGUGCGAGGCAAGCAAGGCAAGCUCAAGAAGAUGAAGAAAAAGUACGCAGACCAAGACGAAGACGAACGCCUGCUGCGCAUGGCUGCCCUGGGGAACGUGAAGCCUUUGCAAGCUGCCAUCACAAAGACAACGAGCGAGGCUGUUGCAGCUGAAGAAAAUGCUGCCGACGACAUCGAGACCAAUGCAAACGAUGCCGCGUCCUCGGUUGGGGGGGUCGUUGACGAAGAGAAGGAACUGUUUUACAAGCUCCAGCGAGAACGCAAGGCGCAACUGCUUGAACAGGAGGAAGAAGAAGCGCAGAAUGCAACGUUUUUGGAAUCGUUCACGGGGAAUCCGCUGCCGAAUGACAUUUUGCUGUUUGCAAUGCCCAUGUGUGCGCCGUACUCGACGCUUGAGCUGUACACGUACAAAGUGAAGCUUACACCUGGCACACAAAAGAAAGGCAAGGCCGUGCAGUUUGCAGUCGACCACUUCUUAAAACUCAAGCCGAAACCUGCGGCGUUGCUCGCGUCGACCGUCACCAACGCCACCUCCACCACCAACGAAGGCGAAGUUGCCCACAACUCCCCCGACGGGGACCCCGUCGAGGCCCAAAAGGAACUGAUCAAGUGCGUGCCGGAGAGCGACUUGAUCGGGUGCAUUGUCGGGCCGGUCAAAGUGUCUGCGCCAGGGCUCAACUCGGCAGCGAUGAAAAAGUCCGCCAGCCAAAAGCCCAAGAAGGCGCACAAGAAUACAUCGACCAAGUGAUGGAUCAUCUGCAGAUAUAUAUAUAAAGACGACAACGUGUUUGGGAAAUGAAAUGCAUUCAGUCCAAGCUCGGUGGAGUUUUUCCAUUCCAGUCAAUUUGAAUGCCAGGCCACUUGGUUUUCA